AUGGACGGCAACGUAACGUGCAGCUGGCGGCAGCGCCACCGAGGCUGCCAGCCCCCACCCCUCAUGUUCUGCGCCGAGGCAGAGAGUGCACGUGCGCAUGCGGAGGCCGCCGCAGCCGCGAGGGCGAUGGGCAACACAGCAACGACAGCAGUGCUGCUCGAAGACGCAGACGAGGCAGCGGUGGCCCCGUGGAUGACACUGCAGUUGCAGCAGCGCCUGCGGCACGUAGUCGUCGUGAGCAACGCGCGUGUGCUGGAGCUGCAUGUCGGUGACAACGCCAUUCACACGCAUGAGGGGACCCUCCUUGCAGCGGGUUUGUUUCUUCACGACGCCGAGUGCGGCGCGGCCGCCGGACAGACGCUGAAGCUGAAGUUUUUCGCACGAAGGACAAGACAAGUUAUUGACCUCUUGGCUGUCUGCCUUGUGGUGGACGUGGCGGCCCCGGUCGACGACAGUAAGAAAGAGGAGUCUGCGUCUACAGUUGAAACGAGACUGCAACGGUUGGAACUGCUGCUGCAGGUGUCAAUGGAAUCAGUGGGGCGGCGGCUGAACGACAUGGAGGCGAGACUCGGGGCCUUGGAGCUUCGAGGGGAUGAGGGGCCGCGAUGA